AUGCCGUCAGCUACAGGUGACUCAGGCGAAAAGCGCUUCAGGUGCUGGGUGUUGGGGGCUGUGGAGAUAAUCUGGACUCAACUGAAGCUGCCGAAGCCCGUGGAUAUAAUUUUCGGAAGUAUAAGCGCUCACGACGUUCGCCAGCCCGCUGGGCGCACAUAUGACAAUGCUGGUGAGGUGCUACCGUCCGGUGUCACCCUUCUACUUGCUGCCGUCGGACCGCUCGGCGAAGCUGACGUCUUCCUUGACGUUGGAGCUGGUGUUGGCAACGUGCUUGCACAGGUAGCACUUACAAAGAAAGUCAGAACGUGCAUCGGGAUCGAGGUGCGAAGGGACCUCGUCUCCCUUGGACGGCGUUGCAUGCAGCAGCUACGCAAGCAGUACCCACGGCUCAGUAAGGUGCUGCUCAAGCAAGUCGAUUCUGCGUGCGGCAGCAGCAACCUGGCUAGGUGUAGUAUCAUCACGUCCGAGUGUAGCAGUAGCCCAUACGUCAUGCGAGUCACCACCGAUUCCGUGAGCACUGCCGGGCUCAUGAGCGUUGCCGUCACUGACUGUACCACUCGCACCGCCAAGUCCGCGGGUGCCAUCACCAAGGUCACCAAGGCUACGUGCGCCGCCGACACCAGCUGCACCAGCGGCACCACCAAGUCCGAGCACCCCGUCUCCAAGUCUGCGCGCGUCGUCACGGCGAAGUCCGCGCUCGUCGUCUAUGGCAAGUCUGGGAGCUCCGCCGCCGCCAUCAAGUUCGUGUGUGUUUUCGCCGCCUGUGAGAACGGCACCACGGCCACGUCGGCGGGCUUCACCACCACGUUCACUAGUGCAUCCGAUUUCGCGAACAUCAGGACGGGCACCACUAAGUCUGCUAGCCAGCACACUUUUAGGCCUAUCAUCCAAACGGCUGUCGCCGUCUGGUCCAGGCGCAACAAGUCCAGUCGAAAGAUUGCCACUGCCAAACGCAACCAACCCUGGCGGAGUAUUACCGCUAACCUCGAAAGCAGCAAGACCCUGUGUAGCAUCAUCGCCUUCGUUGUCAAGUGCGUGAGCGAGGGCACCUCCGAGAUCUGCCCCUCGUCGACGGACACAUCCAUGGCUUGGCGGGGCGGUCGUGCACAACUCGGCACAAACAGACACCAUGCGUGA